ACGCGAAAAGACCGUCAUGCGGUCUGCCAGCAGGUUCCUCCGCUUUGCACGUUUCCCAGGCAACGCGCACAGCUCCGCCUUAGGCUCCAGUGUAGAUAGUCGCUCCGCGUCCGCGUCUUUCCACCAUGGUUUUCCGCUUAGCUAGCUUUUCUGAGUCGAGCCCGUCAGAGUCCUCUACGCAGCCCAGAAGGCCUUCGGUCAAAUGGGACUUGGGCUCGGAUUAUGAGGACGUUACCGAGAAGACUACCGCUUCUGGCUCGGACUUCCGGCGCGAGAGACUAGACAGCCAGCCGGAUCUUGGCCUCCACGUCCAACCGCAGAUCUACUUCCUGCGGCCGAAGUCCCCAAUCCCCAAGUUGUUAUUCAGCUUAAUGAAUACCAAUGAUGCGAACGUGAAGAAGCUGUUACCCAAGAGCCAUUUAUCUCGGGUGAUUAUUCGUGACAACCUCAAUGCACAGCGCAUCUGCGAGAUGGAGAUGAAAGCCUCUGACAAGACCAAGAGGAAGAUGAGCUACUUGUACGACCACCUGAAAAAGAAGUUCAUGACGGACCAGCUGAGAAAGAUGAUGCGCUGGAGGCGGGAGUCCCUGAGCACCCAGCAGUACUUGGAUAAGGAACGGGCCUGAAGACCCUCGACAUGGCGAGCCAACCACCGUGAACCGCGGCAGAAUGAUCUGCCCCAAGAACACAGAACCACCCUGGUGAGAGCGGAGGAGCCCCAGAGCGUGCUGGUCUCCACCAUGGUAGAGCAAUAAAAGGAAAGACGCAGAUAGGAUAGGAGCGCAAAACGAACCAGUUCUAACCUGCUUUGCUCCACGCCAAUCCCCUAUCCCUGUGAAAUCCCUACAGCCAGGAUGCGAGGACGUGGUGUAAGAGGCAGAGACAAGCCAGUCUCCUUGGCUUAAGCAAACAAGGAAACUUCCGCCUGCAUUUCCUUCUCUUGUUCCUAUGUCUGUCUCUCUCCCUACAUUGUCCGCCCCUCCUCAGCCCCGCCCCGCCCCCUUAUGUCCAUUCUUCUCUCCUUCCCUCCUCACUUUGGUCUGAAGACUGAAGCCAGAACUUUACAUAUAUACUCAGCACAUGCUCUGUCCCCAGCUGUACACACACACCUGAGGUGACACAUCUGCCAGCUGCACAGGGCUGUGGACGUCUUCGACGGGAAGGAUUGAGUAAUAUACUGUGUGUCACCCCAGUGAUAAGGAGGUCAGGGUGAGGCACUGGGCAGUGCUUUCCAGCAGCCUACCAGCUCUGUGAUCUCGAAACCUCUCAGGGCUCCAGUUCCCUAACUGUAGAUAAGGUAACCUGCCUCUAGGGGCUGCCCAGUGCUCAUUCUUCCCAACUGCAGCAGCAACAGUGAUACCCAUUGGCUACCAGCCCUCCUGUUGCUUCUGCAAAGCAAAUUUGAACCUCCUGUCUCCUGCCCGCCCCUCCCCCUAGCCUGCUUUACUCACGGUGGCUUUUCUCAUUGACCUUGGGUUCUCCGGUCUGUUAGCUUCAUCCUGCCUGCGGUGUAGUGGCUCAGGUCUUGGUCCCAAGCACUGAUUAAGUUGAAUACCCCAUGGGCAGGAAGCAACCCCCCCUCUCAGAUUUGAUACAAGUCUCCUCUUUGGGUGACUCUCCACCUAGCCCUGAGCGUGGGCCACUCUUGUACUCCAGUACCCACAGCUGCAACUGGACCAGUGUCCAGUUUGCUUUGACUUGUCUGCACAGCUUUCAGGCUCUGAUGUUGGCAUAUCUAACC